AUGUCGGAGUGGUGGCACUGGAGCGUCGGAGGCGCCAACCCCUUCGUCGACUUCUCCACGGUCUGGAUCGAGCCCCUCAUCCAGAAUGCCGUCGAUUUCAGCCACCGCAUCGAGCCGGAUGUGCUGUAUACACUCGCCUACCUCGCCUGCAUGGGGUCUGCGUACCUGUUCCACUCGCCCUUUCGCGCCCACUCGACGGCGGCCAUGGACACGUACGGCCGCGUGACGAAGGUGUUUCAAACCUGGAGCACCAUCAUCUUCUUCUGCUUUCACCUUGGCCCGCAGUUUUUCAAGGAGAAGCGGCAGGAGAUGAGCAACGCGCACGCACAGGACACGGGGCCGAUCCUCUUUUUUCCACUCUUCAUUAUCUUCACCAUCUGGUUCAGCUUCAUACACAAAAUGAAGCGGCGUUGGGGCCUCGGCCUCACUUAUGGCAGCCGGUUCUCCGUCGUCGCCCUCAACUCUCUCGUCCUAGCGGCUCUCAGCACGGUGCACUACGCUUACUGCUACACCCUUCACGAAAACGCGUCCCACCAUGUCUGGCGCUUCAUCUUGUACUACCUCAUGCCCAGCUCCGUCACCACACAGCCAUUUUGGUGCGUCUCAAAGCUGCUGUUCUUGUCGGCGUGCUUCAUCGUGGCGGACUACCACUACAAGAAGUGGAUGGGGUUCGAUCCCGCCCGCGGCAUCCUGUGGGCGGAGCUGUACGAGUUGAAGAAGGGGCUGUACAAGGAGGUGCUCAUGACGGAGAGGGACGGCAAGGAGGAUCGGCGAGACUGGAGAGAGCUGGUGGCGCCGCCGCGGGUGUACGCGCCUCCCGCGCUGAGUAGCCGCUCCACCGCCCUGCAGGCGGCCGCGGCUGCGGCGGUAGGGGUGCCUGCCGCGCACACACCACACACACCGCGCACUCUGUAUCACGAGUGUCUGCCGGACGCGAACCUGGAUUUACUGGAGUCUUCAUACGUCUCAGAUGACGCUGACCUGCGGCGCAUCUGCGGCGGCGUUGGUGAUGUGCCGGUGAGGCGUGCGAAUGAACCUUUCUCGACCUCCGCGGCUGACGGUGAUUCGUUGCCACACGCCCCCUUUGCUGGAGCGAUGAGUAGAGCGGUGAACAAGAUGCACGACGCCGACCCCACCCUACCUCCUCUCAUGUCUUUUCGAGCACCGCAGCCCUUUGUGAGGGAGGUUCAGAAGGCGCAGCACCCGGUGAACCGACCAGGCAUGGUGCCGUGGUGGUCGACGUUUGUGCUCUUCACAGCGUGGCAGACCGUGGCAGGCGCGACGCUGCGUUUUCUCGCCUUUGACGUGCGCACCAUUCAGGGGUACACGACCCCAAAAAUCUUUCAUCUGCACUUCUCUGCUUCUCUGCGGGACACCGUGCGCAGUGCCGCGGAGGCGUUCGGCCGCUCCACAAUCACGCAGCCGCGUGCCAGCUGCGACACCAGUGCCAGCUCCAUUAGUUUCGGCAUCCUCGAUGCGACGGAGGGCCACACAACAGCUUCACGCGGUGGCGAGAACAAUGGCGUGCGCAAUGCGAACGGCAGCGUCAGCGAACCCUCCCCUCCUGCAGGUGCAGCGACGUUGCCUCACACUGAGCCUGAUGUGUGGUUCGACUGGAUCGCCGACGUUGGGGAUGGCUUUAACCCAACUUACGCCAUGGCCCGACUCCUCGCGCAACCGAUGUUGCGGUUGCCCUUGAAGGCCGCCAGGCAGGCAAAGCGGUGGCGGCGAUUUGCGCAUGGGCUGCAGAAAGCCACGAGCACCUGCAGUUGCGACACCCCCUCAACCAUGGCCUCUGGCAGCGUAUCGGCGCCGUCUACGCCCACGGCACGCACGCGAGGUGAGGCGGCAAAUGAAGCCGCUGCGCAGGAGAUGCGAUGUUCCGCGUCUUUUUCGAGCAUGAGUUACUCAGACAGUGAUGAUGCAGACACAACGAGUACCGCGGCACGCACACCGUCACCGUCGCGGUCUUCCAGGACACCUGCCGCCGCUAAUGCGCAGGGGUCGACGUUGAACCCUGGGCGCGGUGCCGGGGAGGAUCCCCAGGUGAACAGAGUGGCCACCACAGACGUGAUCGUUUCCAGCAGCUCGGUUCACACUCCGGGCACACCACACCGUCGAACCACCUCGCAAGACGCUCAGAGUGGCAAGGACACUCUAUCUCGAUCACUGCUGAAGGUGGAGAAGGACGGCUUUGUAACGCUGCCGCGCGGGUCUUUUGUGCUGGUUGGCGGCGACCUCGCCUAUCCCAGCCCUAACGACGAGACGUACACAACGCGCCUGUUUGAGCCGUACCACGACGCGAUGAGCAGCAACGCGCGGCUGCAGAGCGUGUUCCACGCGGAGCAACGGCGCGUGGUUGUCGCGGACGCGAGCGACGCGGACGUUGCCCACAUGCACAUGUUGGACGCUGAGACGGUGUCUAGGAUGGCGACGGGGCAUGCUGCGCUGCGGACGGGGCGCGCGACGGCGGAGGAGGCGCUGCGGAGCGUGCCGCUGCUGUUCGCGAUCCCCGGCAACCACGACUGGUUCGACGGGCUGACGACGUACCGCAAGUACAUCCUUGAGCGGACAUGGUUAGGGGGGUGGCUGAUGCCGCAGCGCAGCAGCUUCUUUGUGCUGCAGCUGCCGCACAACUGGUUCGUGCUGUGUGGCGACACGGGCAACGUGCAGGACAUCGAUGUAGCGCAGCGCAACUACUUCCUGGAUGUGAUCGAGAAACACAUGGACGCGGAGAGCUGCGUGAUCCUGGCAGCGCACGAGCCGGGCUGGGUGCUCGAUGCGAUGGAGAGAGAUGAUAGGGCGCGGCAACCAGAGCUGGACCGUGUUGUCGAGGCCCUCGGCACGCGCCUGCGUCUACGACUGGCGGGCGACAUUCACCACUACUCCCGCCAUACGCCGCGCGACGCCAGCUCGGAGGCUGCGACGCUGGUAGUGAGCGGCGGUGGUGGCGCCUUCCUGCACGGCGCGCGCAACGAUGUCGUCAUCUCGCAGGGAACGAGGUACGUGCGCGCCUGUGCCUUCCCGGAACGGAACACGUUCAUGAACAUGGCCUCGCGCCUGUGGGGCUUCCGAGUGAUCAACUGGAAGUUCGACUUGGUUGUCGGCUUCUUGUGCUUUGUUCUCCUCCUGUCCGUGCUGCCGCUGCCGAUGGACGUGGACCUGAAUAGUCGUGACACUACCGGCAGCGGUAGUGGCAAGAUGCGGCUGGCGCAGGUGUUUUCGCUCUGGGUGGGCUACACGACGGAGAUUAUGUCGCACGUCAUCACGCGCGGCGUUAUCUCACUCAUCCCAUUUCUCUUCUUUCUGGUGUGCUUUUCAUUCGCCGGCGCGGACCGCCAUGCACCGCUGCUUUGGCGUCUGUGUUACGGGGGCGGAUGGGCCUUCGCGGUGCUGCUCUGCUGCGCCGGCGCCAUGGCCUUCCUGCAUGUGCAGCUCUUGUACCUGAUGGGUCACGACUUGCUCCAAUCGACGGAGGGGCAUUGGGGCACCGAACUGGAGAACCAAGUGAUGCUCAUGGUCAAUGCACUCGCUGUUCAUCUGCGGCGCAUCACCGGCGGGGAGGCGUCGUGGGUGUCGCGCCAUGUGGGCAGCAUGCAUGACCUCGUCCUGGCCAUCAUCCCGACGGGGUGGCUGCGUGUACUUCUGCGUUGCUUUGACCCAUUCGAGUCUCUCAGCUUUCUCUCGAUGACCGUGAGCGGCGGCGAGGUGGCACGCUUUUCGGCCACCGCGUCCCGCUUGCAGAUACUCCUCUACUACGUGUAUGUGCUCUUCUUUUACUGGGUGCUCAUCACCCCAAUCGUGUCCGUGCUGAUCGGCACGUUUCUGCUGUUCUCCGUCACGACCUUCGACUACAUGUACAACCCCACCUACUCGGCCUUCCAGAUGGAGGAGUACAAACACUUUGUGCGCUUCCGCCUCGACGCCGCGACGCGUGAGCUGCACGCCUACGUUGUGGCGGUGCAGAAGCCGUCGAAGGUGUACCAACUCGACCGCGGCUACCUGUGGAGCCUGACGAGCCCAUGCCUUGAGGAGCACCGGCCACCACACCUGAAGCAGCACCCGAGUCGAUGGGAGCCGGUGUUGAGCGACGCGCGGUGCAAGCGUCCCAUGACUGAAGUUCUCGAGCACUUUACGGUUCACCCGCACCGCACCCCGCAACGAACGAAGCAGCCGAUGACGGAUUCGGAAUGA